CGCGCCAUCGGUUACCGUUACGCCAAAUGGUCACGUGCGGCCGUCAAACGUUCAACAUGCUGCCAAUGGCGCCGACAAGUCCCUUUGUCAGCAGCUCCUCCACGGCAGCCACAGCAGCCACAGCAGCCACAGCAGCCACAACCACGACGAGUGCGACGAAUGCCACCAGCAAGCCCAAGCUGGCCUUCAGCAUCGACUCCAUUGUGGGGGAAUCCACGACACGAUCCGCUCCACUCCGCGUCAGUGUGAUUGCCUCGCCGCCGCGCAGCGAGAGUCCCUCGUCGCCCACGACCAGCGGCCGGAGGACACCGCGAGGAUUCAUCUACUGCCGGAGACGUGACUCCCUGGAUCGAUCGCGAAGUCCACCCCGGUCGCCGCUCAGUCGCUCACCCUCGCCAGCGCCAGCGGCCAAUGGGAAUGGAAAUGCUGCUGCAGGCGCUCCUCCACCGCCAGUCGGCCUAAUGGGAGGUCUGAUCCGUCCACUCGCUCUGCCGGCACCGCCAAAUCUAGCUUUAAUCGCCCAGGCACGCACCUCACCCUCAUCCGUGGUGGUCCGACCGCCGGCCGGUGUUCCGCCGGGUCCGCCGCCGCCACCGUUCCUUGCCGCCCAGUUCCAAAUGGCCGCUGCCCUGGCCCACCAUCACCAACAACAGCAGCAGCAGCAGCAGCAACAGCAACAGCAGCAACAUCCUCAUCCGCCCGUGCCAACAGGACCGCCACAUGGUCCGCCCCAGCAUCUGCCGCCCGGCCACCCAUUGGGCAUCUUUCCGGGCGGGCCACAUCCAGGGCAUCCGCCACCCCACGGCCACCAUCCCUUCGGGGCGGCACCUCAUCUCAUCCGUGAUAGCUACCCGCUGUAUCCCUGGCUGCUGAGUCGCCAUGGACGCAUAUUUCCACGCUUUCCAGGCAAUUUCCUGUUCCAGCCCUUCCGCAAGCCGAAGCGCGUUCGCACCGCCUUCUCGCCGACGCAGCUGCUCAAGCUGGAGCACGCCUUCGAGGGGAAUCAUUAUGUGGUCGGGGCCGAGCGCAAGCAGCUGGCCCAAGGGCUGAGCCUCACCGAGACACAGGUUAAGGUCUGGUUCCAGAACCGGAGGACAAAGCACAAGCGAAUGCAACAAGAGGGCGGCGAUGGCAGCGACACCAAGAGCAACAAGGGCAGCUCCUCCGGUGGCGGUGCCGGCGAUGGUGAUGAGGAUGCCCAGAAGGAUGGCUCUCAGCACAGCUACGAGGAUGCCGAGGAGGCCGAGGACGAUGACGAUAUCGAGGAGGAUGACGAGGAUGAAGUCAUCGACAUGGAGGACUACGGCAGCGACAUGGAUGCCGAGGAGCAUCAGCGUCUGAGGGAACAGUUCCAGCAACAACUGGCCCAGCACCAGCAACAGUUUCUGCAGCAGCAGCAGCAGCCUGGGGAGCCACCCGCUGUGGAAUUCUCUUACGAAUCAUCUUCGAUCAUCCCCGCUCAGCAUUAG